UGUGACACUUUCAAGUAAGGUCAAUGAAAAACAUGACGCUAGAUUUAUUACAGUGUUUAUUUCGAUGGGGGUACCAUUGUACACACGCAAAAGCAAGUAUCCACGUGCAUCUGCGCAUCGACGCACGCAAGUAUGCACGCACGUUUUCCGGCGUACGUUCCACAUGCAAUCACGUGCAGAUUGUGGUUAUCCGUCGUUGCGUGUUGCUGGAAUCACGCACAAACGUACGAUUGAAUUUCUCUCAAGCGUGCUUGUAAAACGCGACGAUCAUCCGCUCGAGCGAGUUCGCGAUCCGCUUGAAUCUUGCCGGAAGUUUGACAUCUCCGACGCGACGCUCGCGAUCCCCUCGAAAGCGCGUUACAGUUACAGUUUCCGCACGAACGAUUUAUCGAUGUCGAAGCGAUUUUGCUACAGCAUCCCGUGAAAGUCCCGUCUUUCCUCUCGUUCUUGCGAGAUAUGUCGAGAUGCACAACAAGUUGCAGUUGCGACCGCAUCGACACGGUUUAUCCAUGCUGGAAGCUACACUUUCUCGAUCGUCCUCCUAAUUACACAACGGCGCCAAUAAUGAUGCUGCUCUCAGCAUUUCGCAUUAGGCAAUCGUAGCGCUGUCUUCAUGCAUCCACGACCGCUAUCGUGAAGAAAUCAGUCUCGAAAAGAGACACGAUAAUCGCGCGCGGAUUUAUACUUUCUCGUCUGUGCGAGUAUAUUUUAAUCCGAUUAGAUUCAUAAUAAUUUGAGAAGUUUUAUUAUUUCGAUUUUUAUUCUAUUUUUAUUGAUUUUAAUUGUUCUGUAUUUCCUGGGUUUAUAAACUGUGUUGCCAUAACGAUCUAAUAACGAUCUAAUUUUUAGAAAAGCAGUGUAAUAAUAAUCUUCUACACAAAAUGAGACUAAAUUCUUCAUAUAUUAAUUAUUUGUAUUUUAAUUUCACCACUAUACUUGUCUAAAAAAUUAUUUUUUCGCGUAGUUUUGUACUUUAUAUUUUACGGUCCUAAAUUACGGUAGAUCGAUAAUCGGUUUUACUGUACGAGUAAAUUGGUAACUUUUACCUAUAUAAUUAAAUUGGCUAUAGUAAUUGAAACACCCAGAUUUCUCCAUGAUUAAAAAUAGCGAAUGUGUGCUUCCAAAUACCGUUCCUUAUAAUCAUUUAUUCUAAUUAUCGACAUACAUAAUGAUUAAUUUGACGUUAUAGACGGUAUAAUCCUGAGUAUAAUCUAAACUAAUUUUCAACAGAAAAUUUUAAUUAAUGAUAUGUCAGCGUACUACAUAGUAAAAUGGUAAGAAUAAUAUUGAACAAAUUUUAUAGUCAAGCCAAAAUGAUAAGGAACAAAGGACCGAACGCUCCUCUAUCAUUUCACAUCUUGCCACGUUUCGUCGACGGGAAUCCCGCAGUAAUGCAAUCCGCGAAUGAUUCUUUAGCAGUAAUCGAACUAAAAGGUCGAUUCCACGUGUUCCCGCGGCUAACAAUAAAGGUUGGCUCAUGCGCGAUCCACAACGAAGACCCUGGGAUACGUUUGCUCUCUGAAAGUUACCUUCGAUUAUAACGGGACUUUCAUACUGGGAGGAAGGGUCGUGUUUUCGUGAGAGGCAAGUGAGGUCAAUUGGACUGCCAUUCCGAAAACCCAAGUCGAGCCAAGGCAUUCCAGAGAAUCCCAUUGCGAUAACGUUAACAUGCUUCAUUAUGCUUUCAAAACAUCUAAGAGGAUUAACGAGCUGUAAGAGAACGUAAUUGUCUGGUUUUCAAUAAAAUUUGUUUUUAUUACCAUUUGCUUGUUUUCUUUCUCUUGCCCAUGACAUCAUCGUUCGACGUUCUCUCGUGGGAAUCGUACAUAUAACAGCAAGUACAAGAUAAAGACAAUGAGAAGUAGAUGCAAGACGAUAUCCGCCUCUCAUUGUCAAGAUCGUUUUGCCGCGUUGGUGCGAAUGGUGUGAACAAGGCUUAACGUAAGUCGAAGGUACACGUCUAUCCGGAGCUGCUCUCUGUUGUCCCUUUCACUGCAAGUCGGCUGCGUGGGAGGGUUCAUACGGGAUUUCGUAGCAAUUUCAACGAGGACUAGUCUUUCGUGGUUCAGUCGUCAUGCAAGUGUCGCGCGCGAGCGAUCGUCUAUCUGGUCGCGCGUAUCGCAAAUCUGCUGUCAGGAUGCAAUCGCCGGAAGCUCGCUAUCGCAAAGUCGAUCGGAUCCUGAGUGAUUCUUAGCGUGACGAAAGGUGCCAUGCAAUGUGAUGAGCCUGCAAUAAUCGAUGAUGAUCGAUUCCGUGUCGAUGCAGAGUGCUUAGCACAGAGAAGACGGAAGACAAGGAAUACUUCAACAGUCUGGAUAAAAUCUGCAUCUCUGCGACAUCCUGGAAACAGAAAUAUAUGGAAGUGUAAAUUGUCCUUUAAAUGUGAACAACGAACCGAGCGUGAACUGCACAAAUGAAAUUUGCCUCGGACAAAUGUAUCGCACGCGCAUCUAACGUAAUCCCUUCUCUCGGUCGAGCUCGUUGAAUUGGUAGCCGUUUGUGCAAUUAGACGCAUUUAUUUGCGAUUCAGAGAACGAUGACGGAGAACGUGUACGUCAUAAAAGUGAAGACGAAGCCGCCGUUGUCAUCUUUGUACCCAUCGGAGCGUCGGUACUCGGCAUCGACUGUCGGCGGUCUGUCCUUGGUUCACUUCGGCCUCGGGGCCCUGUCCCUCCUCCUGGGCACCCUCGCCUUGUCCUUGCAGGGCCCGAUCCUGUCCGUUGCAUGUAUGGUGCCGUCCGUGACGGGGCUCCUCGCUUGGCGGCGUUGGUACAUCGACCGGAACAUCACCAUUUUCUUCUACGGUAGUCUUUUCUCUUUGGUAGUGGCGGUCCUUUGUUUUGUCGUCACGAUCUUCAACGUUGCGGCGGUUUCCGGUAGCACCGGAAGUUCCCUGUGGCCGUUGGAGAAGAUCCUAGAUGCUCCGCGUUACUCCUUUCGUCCUGCAGAAGGUAUCAUGAAUGACACUCACGUGGACGAUAUCAUCACGUCGCUCAAAAACGGUCGGCUAAACAUCACUGAAGAUCAUAACUUCUCAAACAUCAACCAAGCCAAUAAAUCAUCCAUCAUCAGCUUCGAACCUCGCGCCAUCGAGCUCAAUGUAUCCGAUUUCCAUAACGGCGUCAGGAACGACGGCGGUUACGAUGAUUUCAAAGCGGAAACGUCCUUCACGCUUGAAGAGAGGACGAUGAUAUCUGGAGAAAUCCUGCAAGGUGAAGGCGCGAUGAAUGUUACGCGGGAAUCCGUGGAUGUUGCAAAGAAGAAGACAAAGACCUUCUGGCACAAUCCUCAUUAUGAAGACUCUUCGCACACGAGGAUGCUGCUGAUUCUAAACAUUUUGGUGGCGUCUCUUCUGGAGGCUUUCUGGUCGUUGCUCAGCGCGAGGAUCGCAUUCCGUGGAAUGACGAAUUGUUUGUCAGAGAAUGGCAGUGUCCCGGUCGGCUCGAAGGCGACGAGACUGCCGAAGAGGAAACCUCCAGCACCCAAGCCAGACAUCUUGGACCACGAUCGCCGACUGUCGGAGAGCCUUCAGAGCUUCACCAGCCUGCAGGGUCUCGCUGCUAGUCUGGGACCACGACUACCCCUGCCGGAAUCUAACAGAGAAUUCAGGGAAAGAGUCGAGAGAUUCCUGGCGAAUCAGGCGACGCACAGAGUCGUUGAAGGUGCCUGAAAUUAAUUGCAAAAUGAAUUCUCUGUUCAAUAUAAACUUCUAGAUUUAAAAAAAAUCAGUAGUUUAUUCCUUAUUCUUAGGAUAUUAAGAUUUUUAGCGUUCGCAAGAAAUGUCUCGUGACAUUUUUAUUGACAUUGGACAUUUGUAAAAUUGGUGUAAGAUAUGAUAUGAUAGAUGACGUAAUAAUACUCUACACCGAUCUCUUUCUCUCAGACUUUGACCAUGUACCUUAUUAUUAUAUUAUUUGCAAUCAUCAUGUUUCCAACGUAAAUGUACAUAUCUUAUUUUUAAGGUAGGAAUUUAGAAUGAAGUUAUCAUAAUACACUCUCCUUGGUAUAUUUGCUAGAGUGACUUGUGAAAUAUAACGAAUUGUUUAUUACACGCUUGCACACCGUUAUUUAACACGAAUGCGAUAUUAUCGCGCUCGAACGCGAAGUCGAUCGCAAAUACGACGACAAGCGCACAAAUACAUUCACGUACUAAUUAUAUCUGCUACUGAUCGUAUCAGACUGUCGUCUGUGUUGUCAGACGUGUUUUUAUAUAUUGGCUAAUUAAUACAUCAAUUCGUACUGCAAACGGACAGGGAUAAUCGACCAAUGUUCUGCAAACAGUCUGCAAUGGCCGAGAACGAUUAAAUGCUCUGUCAAUUAUUGAAAAGAGCUAAUAACUUAUUUAAACCCGUUACUGCUUUGUCGGGCUUUAGCGUACACAUUAUAAGCAUAAAAAUAACGUAAGUCCGUUUUAUUGAAUUUCCUGCGUGCGUAUUUCCUCGCCGCCUGAUCAAUUAAGCGUCCCGUCGUACGGUACACGAGAGAUCUUACGUGCGCUGUGAUACGAAUCUCGAAGAUAUUAUUGCUUAACAAACUGUGGCGACGACAGCUAUAAAACGUUACUCCGGAAACGCUGAGAAUACCUGCGAAACCUCCGUUAUGACUUGCGAUACGGGCAGCGAUAGUGUAGAGUUCAUCCUCGAGUACAUAAAACUUUAAUCACCAUUAAAGCUGUUGCGUAAAGCGGAUAACGUUAACGUAAAGGGUACCGUAUCUCCGAAUAUCGUAUUUCUGAAUAUCGUCUUUUUACAGACACAACGUUCGAUAGUCAGGCUUGUCAGACUUAUGCACGAUGUUGAUAAGAUCGAAACGUUUCUACGCCAAAUAUAAAAAAAAUCUCAAACUUAUACGUCCUGCUUGGAUCGCAUAGGAAAUAGUAUUAUGUGCCAUGCAUCCGCCUUUCGUUUUUCCAUGCAUGUACACAUUGUGAAAGUUUAACGCCUCAUCAUGAUAUAUCAGACAAUCUGAUACCGAAUAGCGAGGUUGCCGGAAUUCUCUUUAAGGAAAUUAUUAACAAUAGCAUUACCGCUUUGAAAACUGCAUUCCUUUCGAGCGUUUACCUGUAUGCGUGCGUUGUUCGCCAAUCUCCGCGCUGCACAUGCAUAGAGAUGGACAACACAAUUAAUAUUGUAUCCAUAACAAACGCAUAUUAAAAGGAAAGAUGUCUAUAAAGA